AAGCCAUCAAAUUAUCUUUUAAUUUUUCAUCUUCCAAAAACAAUAUCUUCAAAAACCUCUUCCCCACCACCGCCGGCAAACUCAGCCGCAGCAGCAGCAGCGAAAAGUAUAAUGCAAACCUGCAUAUUUUCAUUCAAUGCUCCGCCGCCACCUCCGCCGCUCAACUCCUCACCUCUCUCCCUGAAAACCCACCAACCUAACACACUGUUUUUCACCUCCACCGUUACCCAAAGACCCUCUAUCCUAUCAGCUCCGCCGCCGUCAAGAAAGCUUCUCUGCAAACCCCCUGCCGGAAAAUACAUCAGCGACGACUAUCUUGUGAAAAAGAUAUCUGCGAAAGAAGUCGAAGAGUUGGUUAAGGGAGGGAGAAAUGUGCCUUUGAUCAUUGAUUUCUACGCCACAUGGUGUGGCCCUUGUAUUUUGAUGGCACAAGAACUCGAAAUGCUUGCUGUCGAGUAUGAAAACAAUGCAAUGAUUGUUAAGGUCGACACAGAUGAUGAAUACGAAUUUGCACGUGAUAUGCAGGUUCGAGGAUUACCAACUUUGUAUUUCAUAAGUCCAGACCCGAAUAAAGAUGCUAUCAGAACCGAAGGGCUCAUCCCCAUACAGAUGAUGCGGGAUAUACUCGAUAAUGAUAUGUGAAGUCAGGGGUAAAUUGGUCGUUUCUUGGAGAAAGAACUUCUUCGGAGAAUCGUUUUUGCGUUGUGUGUUAUGUUGUGAAAAUGUAGGUAGUCGAUGAAAAAAGAAAUCCAGUAUAAGUUGUUGUGACAGAUAUUAGGCAGUUUUGUUUGAAGUUAUUAAUCAUUAUUAUCUAAUUCUGCUGUUGGACAAGUUGCCCACAACGUGAGAUUUAGUAGAGAACAUUUUUAGGUUGUGUUUGCAAAAGCUUUUGAGAAAGUGAUUCUGAGAUUAUGUAUACCAUAUGUCAAUCUCAUUGGUCUCGUAAA